AUGACAGAGUUUGAUCAGCUCCAAUUGAUCAGAAAAUUGGCCAAGCUCGAGGCUCAAUUCUCAGCCAUGAGAUUCCCUGCUUAUGGAGGACUGUAUCUUGGAUCGGAUAUAGAACAACCAAAUCAGCCCCUUGAUGAACUCGAUCCAUCUUUCUGUAUUGGACCUUCUUGUGACCGGAGAUAUAAUCCAGAUCCAAGCCUGGACUUUGAUAAGGGACCUUGGUACUCGGUGUCAUCCCUUGGAGUUUCUAUUGCAAGGCGCGAAUUGUUACGAAUACCAAAGAGCGGCCAGCAAGAUCAAACCAUGUUUUAUAGGGGAGAUAUCGAAGAGCAAACCGAGCUCUUACAGGCAACAGAGAGUAUCAUGCAACUCUUAGACUCGAACGAAAUCUUGAAAGGGGAAGCUUCACGGCCUACUUUAUGGCAUACCGACCUUCACAUGGAAAAAUCUUUGUUGCCCCAGACGACCAAAUGGCCAGUUUUUCUGAGGCCACCACAAAACAGCGAUUACGAAGAGGGCAUGGUUGAAGUGAAAGUGCGCGAUGAUUUCGAUACCCUAGAUGAGGAUGGCAAAAUGCUUGCGAGGAGCGAAUGGCUCCAAGCAAAGUUGGCAAAGGCUUAUGAGGUCUCAACUGUGCUUGAGAAUAAGCCGGCUUACAGAGCCAUGACCGUGCCUCGUGUCUUUCGGGAGUUAUUCCUUCGAUGCGGAGAAGUCUGCGAGGUUGGCGUUCUCCCACUUCGUGCAUGCUUGAUAGAACUCUUUCAUAGUUGGUCAGACCUUGGAUUUUCUGGAGAGUGCCCUGUGUCCUUUACGCAGGAGCAGGUCGAUGCGCACAGGCGCCAAUUCUCUGAGUAUGAGGCUUGGAAUCAGAUUCAGUCACUCGCACAAGAGUGUCUUGGCACUGAUGCAGAGGGGUGGAUCGCACCAGGAUUGGAUGUGAAUGAGAAGAGGAAACAGAAGGAGCAAUUGUUGGCCAUGUAUAUUGAAAGCGUUGCUGGGCAGAUGUCUGCAGACGAGGCGAGAGCCGUAUGGCCUUUCUCGGUCAAGGCAGGAAUAUAA